CAUCUAUAACGUAACGUCAGUUAACGUUGCGUCGAACGCGCGAACUGCGUGUUUAUUCCAUGCCUGCAUAUGCCUGCAUCGCCAGUCAGCUCUACUAUUUCCCACUCACGCAGCGACGCAGCGUCAGAAAGCUAAAAGAGGUUGCAAGUACCGUCACCCUGGUGCGAUGUCGCGUGCUGCGAGUACGGACACACCUACAUCUGCGACAUCUACACUCUCCAACAGUCUGAGCCAGUUGACAAUGUCGCAGGCGUCAGACGCCGUCGGGUCCGAAUUGCAGUACUGUUCCGGGUCGAAGGACGGUUCAGGGUCCCAGGAUACCAUGUCAGGGCGCAAUCUGCGCCACGCGUACCGCACUGUCAUUGACAGACAGGUGGAUGAGGACGAGAAGCUUCCGGCCAAUGAUGCUCUGCUGACGGCGGAGGACCUCUUCGAAGAUGUCACCCACGCACCGGAGGCCGUGCUGGACUCUGACAUCGUCAGCUUUGCGGCAUCCCGGGGACGUCAACUGGUCACCUCGCUGCCAUUGAACCUGCGCAAGUUCGACCCGGAGCAUUUCGCUGCACGGGUCCGGGACUUCGUAUCGGACACGUCCGACUCGCCUACCGGCCCGCUGACAGAGAAGGCGUGGGCGAAGCUUGGGAAGCUCGCCGAAGGAACCGCAAGGACGAGCCACCCCUUCUGGUACCUGUACGGCUCGGCGGGCGAUGCGCCGGUCAAGACGAGGCAGGCGCCGGCCAAGCGCACAGUGCAAGACGCUCCGGACAGGGCGCCGACCGUCCCUAAGCAGGUGAGCUCCGUGGAGCAGACAAACCAAGAGACAACAACAGAACGUGUCAGUGUGAUCCACCAGCUUCUGAAGGACUUGUAUAAUCAGUCUAGGGAGCCAGUACCAUAUUUUGAAUUUGUACUUCACCCACAAUCAUUUUCCAAGACAUGUGAAAAUAUAUUUCACCUGUCGUUCCUAGUCAAUGAGGGCCACGCCCGUAUAAAGCCCGAUGAGGUUUACCAGGUGGUGGUGGAGCCUGUGUUCGGAAACACUAGUGCCGAGCGUGAGGCCAACAAAGGUGGAGUGUUCUUAAUGACGAUGACCAUGAAGAAAUGGCAAGACGCUGUCGUGGCGUUAAAUCUUGCAGAGCCUGUGAUUCCAGAUUAGUUGUAUUGAGCAUGUGUCUCUGUCCAAGAAUGGUGCCUGGUCGUUCAGAACUGAUCCUCUGAGGGUGUUCUUGGUUGCAUGGCUCUCCGCAUUUAAGGGGAGACGCUCCACGAAGCACCUUUUUUUUUUAAUUAUUACUUGUAUUAGAGGUUUCCAAGUUCAGUCAAGUAUAGAGUUUUGUAUGCAGAUUUCAAAUAUGGCGCUACUUUUUGUAUAGCUGUUAUAGUGUUAGAGUUAUGUGAUGCACAAUGCAAAAGUAUAGUUAUCUUUAUGGUCACUUUUUUAUGUAAUAAAUUUUAACAAAGAGCAUUGUGCUGUAUCUUGUUUAGCUCUUCGUAAAUCACAAAGUGCAGAUAUCUAGCCAAACAGUGUGUACAAUUACUGAAACUAUGCAAAAGAAUUCGAACAUUUCAACAAAUUUUUUUUUCUCAAUUCUCUGAAAUGUAACCAUGUGCUUUUGCAACUUACUGCUUGGAGAUAUUGCAAUUUCAAGUAGAUAUUAGCACUGUACAUAUCUUCAAGAGUAUGUAUGCCAAGUUUUGUUACUAUUAGGCAAUUGUAAGUGUACAAGGCUAUUUUCACGUGAUUGUGAAAAAAUUUGGUUGAAGUGUCCUAAUUUGGUUUAAUAGUUCCAGUAAUUGUACGCACUGUUUGAAUAGAUAAUGGCAGUUUGCAGUCUACAAAUAGCUAAACUACAGCACAAAGCGUUUUGCAAAAAAUUUACUACACAAUAAAGUGCCCGGAAAAUCACCCUAGUUUGCCAUUGUAUAGGACUUAACUCAAGAACCGUAGCAGCUACACAGAAACUAAUGGCAUGCUUGAAAUCUGCUUAAAAUGUUCUAUAAGUGGGUGGAUCUUCAAAUCUCUAGAACAAAUAUUAAAGAAAUGUUUUUUUUUGGGGAGCGUCUCCCCUUAAGUGAAUGUCUCAGUUCUCAUGUGCAGGCCAUUUGUAAUCUUUGCGAUGCUGUGCCUGUCAGUGGUAACCAGAAAGAAGCCAGGUGCCAUGUAAGAAUACUGAGGUUUUUUCUCGUGCUGCUUUUUACCAUUUUCGCAAGUGCCUAGUGAUUGCUAGUAGCCUCGUUCCUGUUCGCAGCCUCGGUCGCUGCAAGUUUACUUUGUUCUGCAGUGUGUGUGGUUAUACGCCUGAAAAGUUCACUGUUAAGAUGUUCAGUGAUUGCCUUAGAAGUUGGUGGGAUGCGUGGAGAGGAAAGCGAAGAUGUGGCAUGAGCUACUGGAAGUGCGAGUUUACCUGUUGCUUCACCUUGGCUGAAAACGUCUUAAGCUGAAGGAGUUUCCUCUACGCUGUCAUUACCUGGCACGCUGACCACCAAAAUACUUACAUUGGAGCCUCCCAGCUCAAGGAGCCCCAAAUGAUUUCCAAUUCAGUUCAGUCAUUGCUGUUUUAUAUUUACUUCAUUGUUCUGCAUAUAUUGCCCUCAUUUCAAAUAAAGUUAAAUGUGUUGUUUA